AUGGCUCACUCGGCUCCCCCCUACGGCCGGAGUGGGAUGGCGGCUGGAGGGGACCAGCCCCACCCCCUCAACGGGUGGGGCGGCGGCCAGCAGGGGGGGUCCCACACCGCCACGCGCUACAUGCAGAAGAAGAAGCAGCGGCGGCGGCGGCGGCACGGGUCCUCCUCGCCCAUGGGGCGGGUCAUACUCAUCCACACCCCGGUGGACGGUGGGGAAGACAGUGAGGACAUCCACACAGUGACGGUGGAUAAGAGUCCAGAUGGCCGUCUGGGCUUUAGCGUCCGCGGGGGGUCCGAACACGGGCUGGGGAUAUUCGUCAGCAAAGUGGAGGACGACAGCUCUGCAGGUCAGGCUGGGCUGUGUGUGGGGGACAAGCUGGUGGAGGUGAACGGGGUGAGCCUGGAGAGCAUCACCAUGAGCAGUGCUGUGAAGGUGCUGACCGGGAACCACAGGCUGAGGACGGUGGUCCGCAGGGUGGGCAAGGUGCCCGGCAUCCGCUACUCCAAGGAGAAGACCACCUGGGUGGACCUGAUCCACAGGAGAAUGGUGGUGGAGGAGAGUGGGCGCACGCCCUCCGAUACCAGCUCCAACUGCUCUGCGCUGCGCAGGAUCAUCCACCUGUACACCACCUCUGACGACUACUGCCUGGGCUUCAACAUCAGAGGGGGCAAGGAGUUCGGCCUGGGCAUCUACGUGUCAAAACUGGACCCCGGGGGCCUGGCCGAGCUGCAUGGCAUCAAGAUGGGUGACCAGAUCCUCGCAGCCAAUGGGGUGAGCUUUGAAGACAUCACCCAUAGCAACGCGGUGGAGGUGUUGAAGAGCCACACCCAUGUGAUGCUGACCAUCAGGGAGGCUGGAAGGUACCCAGCCUACAAAGAGAUGGUGGCCGAAUACAGUUGGCUGAACAAAUUGUCCAACGGGGUCCCGGCGCCCUCCUCCCAGGGGUCCGACUCCUUCUCCUCGGCCUCUUCCCUGUCGUCGGGCACCCCGGUCAGCUCCCUCAGCGGCCUCUCCCAGGUCCUCUUCCCGCCGCCGUUCGGCUCCGACAUGGUGGACGUGGCCAUCUCCACGGAGGACCGCCCCCGGACCCCCCGGACCCCCCGCACCGCCGAGUCCUCCAUGCAGACCGACCCGCAGGCCCCGCCCCCCCACAGCCGGCCGCCCUCCCCCUACGGCUCGCAGCCGGGGGGCGGGUGGGUCGCCACAGAGACCAGCCGCACGGUGGGGGCCACGGUGCUGCUGAGGGACACGCUGGUCCACGGGAAGGGGGAGAGGCCCCGGGACGGGAGCGCGGGCCCCCCGCCGGGGCGAGGGGACGGGGGCGGCCGGGCGAGGUCCAGGACGCUGUCUUCGGGGGAGCAGGAAGGGAGAGAUGAAAGUACUAGUUCGGCCAAGACGGCGGUGCUGAUGGCGCUGAGCCGGCCGCGGAAGCCAAUCAGCCGCUCCCAGAGUCACGUCACGGAGAAGGAGGACAAGCAGAAGAAGAAGUCUCGGCAGAAGGACAAGAGCACCCCAGGAGGCGGGUCCACACUGCAGCGCUCCAAGACCUUCGUCAACCUGCUGUUCAAACGAGACCGCAAGGAGAAGAGCCGCUCUAAGUCGCCCUCGCGCCCCACCGACAGAGAGAAAAGCAGGGGCCGGCCCUUCCAGCUGCUGACCUCCCCCAGGGAGAGCCGUGCGGGGGUGAAGGAGGGCAGCAGCCCCCAGGUUCAGGCCGACACCCUGGGCCAGGUGCAGGGCAUGGCCCACAGGCUGCUGGCCCCCGACGAGGUCACCGCCGUACUCAGACACUGUCGCAGGUUUCUGUCCGACAAUGUGAUUGAGGAGCUUGUGCGUCCCCUGCUGGCCAUACUGGACAGGCCAGAGAAACUGCUGCUGCUCAGGGAGAUAAGGAUGCUGAUCCCGGCCAAUGAGAGAGGCCAGUUCGACAGCAUGGUCAUGCCCUUUGAGCUGGAAGCUUAUGAGAUCCUCAAGAGUCGCUCCGUGCGUUCCCCAGCGCUGCGCUCGCCCCGCGGGGGGACCCCACGACGGCACCUCAUCACCCCCGUCCCAGACUACCGGGGGGGCUUCCACCUGCAGCCGGCUCAGGGCGGCGGGCGGGACCGCCGGCUGGUGGAGGACCUGGAGCGGCUGCGCGAGGCGGGCCUCGGCGCCGGCCUGCUGCCCCCCUCCCGGGCCUUCACCCCCCUGCUCGACGUCCCCCUGGACGGCUGGCCCCCCCGGCGCCCGCUCCCGCACCCCCUCCCCCAACCUCAGCCCGCGGCGCAGCGACCCCCCGCCGCCACGCCGGAGCGGGGCAGGUCGCCCGUGAGGAACGGGGGAGGGGGGCACCGCGGGCGGGGCCGGCGGGAGGCCAGCCCGGAGAGCCUGGCGGGGGGGAGGCGGGGGAGAGACCCCGUGGUCGGACUGGAGAACGGACAGCGGAUCGUCGGGGAGACGCAGAACGGACACACGGGCAGGAGGAGCCCGAAGCGGUUGUCGGAGGAGUACGACGUUACCACGGUGACCAUCUCUAAGAUCAGACCGUCUUUGGGCAUCAGCAUCUCUGGAGGCAUCGAGUCCAGAGUGCAGCCCGUGGUGAAGAUCGAGAAGAUCUUCCCCGGGGGCGCGGCCUCCACCAGCGAGUUCCUGAAGGCUGGGUACGAGCUGGUGUCAGUAGACGGCGAGUCGCUGCAGCGCGUCACUCACCAGCACGCCGUGGACGCCAUCCGCCGCGCCUUCGGCCACCACGGAAGGAACGCCAUGGUGUUUGUCGUCAAGGUCCCCAGGAACAAGACUCUGCCCGGCGGGGGGGCCGGGGGCCCUGCAGACUGA